AUGACUACCAACACUAAAGAGGUUAUAAUAUUAGGGGCAUCAUACGCAGGAGUGUUAGCCUUAAAAACAUUACUUUCGAGAAAGAAUCCAUCAGAAAUAUCCAUAAAUGUUAAGAUAAUCUCUCCGAAUGAUCAUACCUAUGUGAAUAUUGCAAGUCCUAGAUUGUUGACUGAGCCUGAAAAGAUCCAGCAAGUACUUUUUAGUCUUCAAAAGUUGAUAGAUAGAUUAACUGCCAAUACGAUACAUAAAGUCGAAUAUAUUCAAGGAUCUGUCAAGGAAGUAGAUUUAGAUGAAAGAAAGGUAUAUCUUCAUAAAUCUGAUAUGGUUUUUUAUUAUGAUAAUUUAAUUGUUGCAACGGGUACCAGAAUGGAUUCAGCUGUAUUCAAGUUAGACAAUAUUCGUGACCAUAACUACACCAUCCAAGAAUUGAACAAAUUGGUUGAAAAUAUUAAAGAGGCUGAAAGUAUUGCUGUCAUAGGGGCAGGUAUCACUGGAGUUGAAGUUGUAGGAGAGUUGGCCUCAAACUAUAGUAAAACCAAGAGUAUUGAUUUAUAUACUGGUGCUGAAUAUCCAUUACCCGAAUUAAGAGAGAGUCACAGAAUUGCUGCGGCUGAAAGAUUAACAAACUUUGGUGUGAAUAUUAUCAAUAAUGAAAGGGUUGGAGUCAACAAGGAUAUGAAAUCGGUUAUUCUUAAUGAUGGAACUACAAAGCAGUAUUCACUAAUUAUUCCAGCAUUUAGAAAUUUUCCAAAUACGGAGUUUCUUCCUAAGCAGGUUUUGAAUGACUCUGGGUACGUCUAUACUGACAAGCACCUCAGACUUGAACAAUAUCACAACGUCUUCUGCUUAGGAGAUAUCAUAGAAAUGGGUGCAGGCUCAUGUAUCGAUUUAAUGUUUUCUCAAAAGGAGGUCUUUGAAUCUGUAGUGGAUUUUGAAAUAUUUGAGCAGAAGUCUGUGCAAUUGAAGGAACAUAAGAAAAGUGAAACGGGUUACAGGUAUGUGAUUCCAUUGGGUAAGGACGGAGGAAUUGGCGCUGCGUAUGGAUUCUCACUUCCAAAUUUUAUAGUUAGGUUAUCAAAGGCCAAAGAUUACUACAUCCCUAGAGGAAAGGACUUUUUCACUUAA